GGUACAUAGGCUGCUGGGUCUGGCGAAGCUAGCACGAGGCCCAAGGGUGGGAGCUGGUGCCUGGGGUGGGGGUCGUCUAGGGCUUAUCCUCAGGUCCCGUGGGUGAGGCGGCGAGUCGGACCGGAGAGUCAAGAGCAUGUCCUGGUGAGCUAGCGGGCUUCUCCGGGGUGGCCCAGCGCGCUCCGGGAGCCUGCCGGUUUGGGGGUGUCUCCUCCCGGGGUGCCAUGGCGGCACUGGCCAGCAGCCUGAUCCGGCAGAAGCGGGAGGUCCACGGGCCCGGGGGCAGCCGGCCCGUGUCGGUGCAGCGGCGCGUGUGUCCCCGCGGCACCAAGUCCCUUUGCCAGAAGCAGCUCCUCAUCCUGCUGUCCAAGGUGCGACUGUGCGGGGGGGGCGGCCCGCGCGACCGGACCGCUGCCCGGGUGAGUGACUGGGGCGGGGUCUCCGGGCCGGCGGUCUCUCUGCCUGGGAAGGUGAGGCCAGGGACUCGGAAGAGCGGGGCCCGACUGACAGGGACUGCCCGAAAGUGAAAGGGGGUGGGCCUGGACC